UGCGGAUAUAAAGCCUGAGACCAAACAAAGCCAGUGGUAUCAAAAGGAACAUCUAGUUUUCAGUGACGGGUCAAAGAGCAAAAAUAACCCCAGGCACCAGCUGUGAGAAAAUCUCCAUUAUUGAUUUCUGAAAGAGACUCCAUAUAAGGCAGGCAAAAGUUUGUGGUCAAAAUGUGGUUGCUGAUCACAUUAUUAAUGACGUGUUCACUUCAUGAAGUUGCUGAGUCAAAAUAUUGGCCAUGGGUGAAGAAUGUCAUUGAACCAGUAAAAGAGAGUAAACAUGAUGUUCAGUGCCUGGCUAAAGGCAGUAAUGGGAAUGAAUACAGAGGUACGAUCUCUGUAACAUCCAAGGGACACAAAUGUCUCUACUGGGAUCGUCUUCAACAUAUAGGACAUACAGCUAUUUCUCAAGGACUUGGUUCACACAAUUACUGCAGAAAUCCAAAUAACAGACGUGGGCCAUGGUGUUGGGUUAGUAGACCCAACCAGAUUGUUCGCAGAUACUGUGAUAUUCCACAGUGUGAAGAAAAGAAAGGUGAGUUUUAAAAAAAAAAGUGCCAUAUUUUUGUAAAAUAAAGGAACUAACACAGAAUAUACCGAAUAAUUGAUUCACUAUUAAUUCCCUUUAUGUUUUUCUAUAUGAAUACCCCAGAUCAGGACACUGAAAUGACAUGUGGUGAACGAACCCCAAAAGUGAAUUUUAAGAUUAUAGGUGGUUCAAGGGCUUCAAUAGAGUCUCAGCCUUGGCAGGCAGCCAUCUUUAGAGGUGACUUGUUUAUCUGUGGAGGCACACUCAUCGCACCCUGCUGGGUCCUCAGCGCAGCCCACUGCUUCCCUCUUAGCAAAAGAGCAACAAGGGGCCAAUAUUCUGUCUAUUUGGGAAAGGAUGCCACCAAUCAAACUGAUCUGAGAAAAGAACAGAAGUUUGAAGUAGCCAAAUUUGUGCUUCAUCAGGAGUAUGAUGAAGAUGAUUUUAACAAUGACAUAGCUCUGUUGCAGAUUGUGGACAGCAAUGGACAAUGUGCACAGAAGACACCCUCAGUGAGGACAGCAUGUCUUCCUCCAGCUCACCACAUGAUGCCCUAUGGAUCCUUCUGCUACAUUUCAGGCUAUGGCAAUGAGAGGAAUGGUGAAAGUUUCAGAUAUUCCCGCUACAUGAAGGAGGCUCAGGUUCAGAUUCUCUCCCCGAGUAAAUGUGAGGGGGGCUACUAUGGAAAAAGGAUCACUGAAAACCAGUUCUGUGCAGCCAGUCCCAAGUGGACAGAGGAUGCUUGUCAGGGAGACUCAGGAGGUCCUCUGUUGUGUGAAGUGAAUGGCCGAAUGUUUCUCUUUGGAGUCAUCAGCUGGGGAGAGGGUUGUGCCACCAAAUCGAAACCCGGUGUCUACACAAAAGUCACCAACUACAACAACUGGAUUGCAAAACAAACAGGCCUGCCCACCUUCACUGAAGGCAUCAUGUACCCACAGAAAGAUUAGCUGUGUUACUCAAUGUAAGCACUUUGAAGCUGCACAUAUAAUGCUUUUUAACUCAGAGUUUGGCAUGUAGACUCCAGCCUCUAGAGAAAACUUGGCAAUCUGUGAUUAUCACUGUCUAAAUCUCAUCUGUUCUUGCCCUUUAAUAUUAACUAAAUACUUAGUAUUUACUAAAUAAAUAGUAGGAAUAGUAUUCUUAUUUAUUACAGUAGCCAGCUCAAGUCAGGCACAAUGAAAUAGCACUUCUGACCUUUGACAAAAAUGGUAUCAUUGAUGUCAUUGAACCAUUUGUAACAUGCAUCCAUAAUAUGUAUAUUAUUUAUAGUUAUAUAAUUUAUAAUCUAAUUUAUUUAAUGUCACAUUAUGUUCAGUUUGUAAAUUAAUGUCCAAGCAGCAGUGCUGCGUAUGGCGCCAAAGAUCAUAGGAAGCAAUUGCUCUUUUCAUAACUUUUAAGUAACAGUUGAUGUUUUAAUGCAUACUUGUUUUAUAUAUAUAAUCGUCUUUAUUUUCCUUUUAGUUGCAUACUGUACUUCAAAUAUGUGUGCUUUAUUUUGAAAUAUUUAUAUUGCAUUUGUGCUAUAUUUAUGAAUAAAUAUAUUUUUAGAA